AUGAACCAACAGAUACCUCUCAACUACGAGGCCUCGGCCGGCAACACCAACAUGCGCAUCACCAGCUCCCUCCCUCCCGAAGUCGUCCAAUGUCUCGAGAACGCGCGCUUCCUUCACCUGGCCACCUGCGUCGACAACAUGCCUCACGUGUCGCUCAUGAACUACACCUACCUCCCCUCUUCGCCGUACUCCGACGGAUCACCCGUCAUCGUCAUGACCACCAACCCUGCCAGCAAGAAGAUGAAUAACCUGGUCGCAAACCCCAACGUCUCUUUGCUAGUUCACGAUUGGGUCUCCCACCGCCCCUCUACCUCCCACCAACGCCGUCCCUCGGGCGGAUCUCCGGGCCCUGAACACCGCUCCUCCUCUCUCGCCGCUCUAUUGUUUAACCUCAACACUAGCGCCGUCUCCUCCAUCAGCGCGACCAUAAACGGCUCCGCCCGCCUCGUCGACCGCGGCUCCGAAGAGGAGAAGUUUUAUCGGGAGAAGCAUUUGGAGAACAACACCUUUGACAGCGAGCAACCUCUGAUGAACAGCAUCCGGAGGGGAAGCACUUCUGGUCAACAACAGCAAAUACCAUCAGCAUUACAAACUGGAGGAGAGGAAGGGGAUUAUGGUAGAGAGAGAUACGUGGCGGAUGAGGAUGUCAGAGUGGUGGUGGUGGGAAUCCGGGAUGUCCGGAUUGCGGAUUGGAAGGGGACGGUGCAGGAUUGGGUUAUUGCGCCGCCGGAGGGGAGGAGUGAGGGGACAAACGAGGCCCUGGUUAAUGGUAUCCGGUAG